CUUCAGCGGGGUGGGUGUGUGAGUCUUGUGAGCGAGUUUCGUUCAGGCGAACGCGGUGAGUGGUGUGCGGUUGUGCGGCGGAGCAUACGUCGCGGGGCAGAGAAGCCGCGCAUCACGAGAAUCGCAAAAGUCUCGGGUAUUCGCGAUGGAUGGCCGCCCGGCGAUACCUGUUGCGCGUACAGGCACGGACCGGCUCGUCUCGCUCGCUCGCUAGCGUUCCUCCUAAAGUGAUUCACGGCCGCCGCAUCGGGCCGCGACUCGAGCGAGGCUGAGCGAGGCGCGAGGGAUGCACCGCCGCGUUCGCGCCCGCGCCCGUUGUUGACGUUUGUUGCCCGUAGACGCGCGGGUGCUGCGCCGUCGCGCGAGUGACAGUGUGUGUGUGUGUGUGUGUGUACGUACACGUAUGUGUGUAUCAUCGCGACACGUCCCUCGUCGCGCCGUGCUGCGUCAGGCGGUCUAGCCGUCUAGCAGCGGCGCGAGUCGACGUCGCCGAAAAUCUCCAUCCGUGAUUUAUUCGCCGGAGGCGCGAAUAAGCUCGCGCGGGCGUGUGCGCGCGCGCGCGCGCGCGAAGAAGAGGAAGACGACAACGCAACGACAACAUGGGCAUCGUACAGAGUCGCGGCGGGGAGAGCGAUGUUGGUGUACGUGAGGUUUUCGUCGGCGGUGUCAAGGCCGGCGUGCCUCAUCACUCGUGUCAACCCAGCAUGGGCAUGGGCAUGGGCAUGGGCAGCCUGGGCGGACCUCACGCGCGCAGCGGCAGCGUGCGUAGCGCGCCGAGACAGCCGAUGCCGGACGCCGUCGAGCUCGAGAGGCGCUUCACCAAAGUGCUGGCCUCUAUGGAUCUACCACCGGAUAAAGCGAAACUUUUGAAACAAUAUGACAACGAAAAAAAAUGGGACAUCAUAUGCGACCAAGAAAGAGUACAAGCUAAAGAUCCACCGUCCCAUUACCUGGCCAAGUUACGUACUUACCUGGAUCCCACAGCAUCGCGAAGCCAUCGAUCGUAUCGUUUCUUUAUGUUCUUCCAGAAAAGGAAAAUGGUCGGCGAAUCAACGUCGACCCAAGUAUUACGUGACUUGGAGAUAUCCUUACGCACAAAUCAUAUUGAAUGGGUGAGGGAGUUCUUGGACGAAGAAAAUCAAGGCCUGGAUGCCUUGAUAGACUAUCUCAGCUUCAGGCUAUUGAUGAUGCGGCAUGAGCAACGACUGUUGGAAUCGCACACAAGUUCCGAGGAAAAAUUACAAACCGCGGGCACUGGCGAUACCUCACCAUUAAACAACGGAUGCUUGAGGCCACCUCUCCACGAUCUCAAAGACAGUCCUGGGGUCAAAAGGAGAUCUCGACACGUGGCACGUUUAAAUAUGGGUGAAGCAAAGGAUGAUAUUCAUGUUUGCAUACUAUGCAUGCGUGCCAUCAUGAAUAAUAAGUACGGAUUUAAUAUGGUUAUUCAACACAGAGAAGCCAUCAAUUGCAUUGCAUUGAGCUUAAUUCAUAAAAGUUUGAGGACGAAAGCUCUAGUAUUGGAGCUCCUCGCUGCAAUCUGCCUAGUGAAGGGUGGCCACGAGAUCAUUUUGUCAGCGUUUGAUAACUUCAAAGAGGUGUGUUCCGAGAGGAGAAGAUUUACGACACUUAUGGCAUAUUUCACUCAAUAUGACAGCUUCCAUAUAGAGUUUAUGGUCGCUUGUAUGCAGUUUGUCAAUAUUGUCGUACAUUCGGUCGAAGACAUGAACUUUAGAGUUCACUUGCAAUAUGAGUUCACGAAGCUUGGAUUAGACGAAUAUCUCGAGAAGCUUAGACACACAGAGAGCGAAGAUUUGCAGGUUCAAAUCUCAGCUUACCUAGAUAACGUAUUUGAUGUAGCUGCCUUAAUGGAGGACAGUGAAACAAAGACUGCAGCAUUGGAAAAAGUAGCGGAAUUAGAAGACGAACUUGGUCAUGCACAUGAUCGUAUGGCAGAAUUAGAAAGAGAAUCAUUAGCGAAAUUGGCGGAACUGGAGACGGAAUUAGGCGCGAUCAAGGUGGAAUAUACCGAGGCUUUGGAAGCGCGUAGAUUAGUGGAGGAAGAACUCGCGGCUUUGAAGAGGCAGAGACAGGAUUCUGCACGAAGGCAGAGUGUCCUAGAGAACAAGAUCAUCGAACUGGAAACUCUCACGGGAACGCUUACAAAGGGCUCAUCAGCCGCUAGUCUACGAAAUGGCACCGCGACGAGUCCUCUGAGUACGUCGGAUAACGUUACAUUACCCGAGACGUUCGCCUCAACUGCACCGUCGUCGCCAACAUUACGUGAAACUCUCCCAGCGGCUCCCGCACCACCACCUCCACCCCCGCCACCGUGUCCGCCGCCGCCUCCUAUGGCACCUCUUUCCCUGGGAGAUCACAAGUUACCACCGCCUGUCCCGAUACCUCCACCACCAGCUGGCAUGAUGCAAGCACCCAAUGGAGCAAUGACUAUCAAACGAAAAGUCCAAACAAAGUACAAACUUCCUACACUUAAUUGGAUCGCUCUGAAACCUAAUCAAGUACGGGGUACUAUUUUCAAUGAGUUGGACGACGAUCGUUUGCACAACCAAAUCGACUUUUCCGACUUUGAAGAGCGAUUUAAGAUCGGCAUGAGUGGACACGUGGCCAACGGUAACAAUGAAAUCGAUGGACUUUCAAGCUUUCCGAGUAAACGAUUCAAGAAACCUGAAAACGUAUCGCUUUUGGAGCACACGAGAUUACGAAAUAUUGCUAUAUCGCGCCGAAAAAUGGAAAUGCCGGUCGAGAAAGUAAUAAUGGCGGUAAAUGCUCUCGACUUGAAAGUCCUUUCGCUCGAAAAUGUAGAAUUAUUGCAACGUAUGGUACCUACGGAUCAAGAAAUCAAGGCUUACCGCGAAUAUAUUAUAGAAAAGAAGAACGUCAAUUUAUUGACGGAAGAAGAUAAAUUUUUGAUGCAACUUGGUAAAGUGGAAAGGAUAUCUACCAAGUUGUCCAUUAUGAACUACAUAGGAAACUUUUUCGACAAUUUACAUCUCAUUACGCCACAAAUACACGCUGUGAUAUCUGCAUCCAGUUCGGUUAAGAGUUCAAAGAAGUUAAGAUCAGUAUUAGAAAUUAUUCUUGCCUUCGGUAACUACCUAAACAGUAGCAAACGGGGCCCCGCGUACGGCUUCAAGUUACAAAGCUUAGAUACAUUAUUAGAUACGAAAUCGACCGAUAAAAGGAUGUGCCUUUUGCAUUAUAUCGUCGCCACAAUACGAGUCAAGUUCCCUGAACUUAUUAAUUUUGAAUCGGAGUUGAUGUACAUCGACAAAGCUGCGACAGUUUCACUGGAGAACAUUACGACCGAUGUUCACGAACUGGAGAAAGGUAUGGAUCUUGUGCGAAAAGAAUUUGAGUUACGCGGCAAAGAAAAGCACAAUACGGUAUUGCGCGACUUUUUGAACAAUUCCGAGGAGAAAUUACGCCGUUUGAAACUUGACGCACGUACCGCCGGUGAAGCAUUCCGUGAAUGUGUCGAAUUCUUUGGGGAAAGUCCGAGACAGGCUGAUGCCAACACCUUUUUCUCCCUUCUUGUCAGAUUCGCGAGAGCGUUUAAGGCAGCGGAUCAAGAAAACGAACAGCGUCGUAGAUUAGAGGCUGCUGCAGCAGAAGCUUUAAAUACGUCCGAAGAAGUUAUAAAGCGUAACAAAUUAAAUCAGAAGAAACAACAGGAUGCUGUUAUAAACGAACUGAAGAAUAAGACACGAUUAGUGCAAGAGAAGAAGCUACUACAACAAGAUGAAGUGUAUAAUGGUGCCCUAGAGGAUAUUCUUCUUGGUCUCAGGUCCGAACCAUAUCGCAGAGCGGAUGCUGUAAGACGUAGCCAACGACGACGUAUCGAUAAUCACAGACUCUCGCGCACUGCCGAAGAGCUUGAACUGUAAUCUUUUUGCAUUUCCGAUUUAUACGCAUUUCUAAGGUUUUCUAUAUUCCAGAGAACGACGUUGCCUUGCAAUAUAAAAGUUUCAUUGUAAUUUAGCUUUAGACGAAUGGGACGCAACAGAGAACACCAAUAGUUUGAGAAUACUUUUGAAAAUAUUAACAGCGUGCACAACUAGAUAGUCACUUGAAUAUAUUCUCCGAAUUUUUGAAAACAUUUUACUUAUAUAUAUGUAUAUAUGAGCUACUUUGCUAUAAACAUACAAAUUCGGAACUGAACGACAAUAUAUUCAGUACGUACAAUUAGAUGAGGCUUUUGUGCUCGAAUUGUAUUAGUGGUGCUGAAAGUCCAAUAGUCAUAUAAACUUGUAAUUUACACAGCUUUAGGAUAUAAAUUUUUCGAAUAUAGUAUUUAUCACAAGGCGAUAGAUUUUGAAAAACGCGCGAUAUUUCGUACAUUUGACGAUCCUUCUAUGCAUAGUUUAUAUGAAUCUCGCAAUUAAAGACACAGAAGGUUCUCUCAAGUUAGCAUAAUAUUAUAUUAAUUAAGGCACUUUUUACUAUUUUUCUCUAGAUAAUAUUAGAUUUCCUUUAAACCGUUCAUGACAUUUACAUAAAAUUUGCUUAUACUUUGAUUACACUAUUACUUGAUUUCAUUUUUUUGUUCGAUAUAUAUAUAUAUGAAAUACGUAAACGUAGAAUUGUUUAAAUUUAGUU